AAGCAAGUGCUUGUGUUAUGGAUAACAUACAUUAUGAUAGAUAUAGACCACUCUGUUAGUCAUAUCUCAAAAAACAAGAGAAAAAAUGCCAUCAUUUACAAUAUCAAGAAUUCUGUUUGUUCUUCUCUUUACUAUGAUGAUAAUUCUGCAAAACUCAAAUGGGCAAAUGGAGGAAUGGUGCAUAGCUGAUGAACAGACACCACAUGAUGUACUUCAAAUGGCAUUAGAUUGGGCUUGUGGAAGAGGAGGUGCUGAUUGUAGUAAGAUACAAAGGAACAAAUCUUGCUACAAUCCUAAUACUCUGCUCGACCAUGCUUCUUAUGCUUUCAAUAGUUACUAUCAAAAAUUCAAGAAACAAGGUGCUACUUGUUACUUUCGUUCUGCUGCCAUGAUCUCUAAUCUUGAUCCCAGUCACAACUCAUGCAAGUUUGAGUAUAUUCCCUGAUCAGUUGAACAAAGGAAGCCAAUCACAAUGCUACUUUUACCUCUUGUAUUAGGUUAUGAUUUCAUCUCCAGAAAUUUCAGUGUUUUCUUCCAUCCAAUGAGUUAUUUUGUUGUUUGGUUUCUUGGGUAUUUUUCCAGAAAGUCUCAAGAUCUCUUGUUAAAGAUCUCAGUGCUUCGGUGUUCAGGUUUGAGACGCAGUAGUAGUUUCAUAGAUUCCUUCAUUUCAUACACAGAAUGAAAUAAAUCAUUUUUACGCA